CGUAAGACAGAGACGCUCCCCCUUUCCCACAAUGCAUCGGGGUAAGGGUCUAAGGAAAGAUGGCGGAGGGAGGAGCAGCUGAUCUGGAUACUCAGAGAGGAGAGGUCGCAACGCUGCUCAAAACUCAGCUCCGGAAAGGAGACACUUGGUACUUGAUAGACAGUCACUGGUUUAAACAGUGGAAGAAAUAUGUGGGCUUUGACAGUUGGGACAAGUACCAGAUGGGAGAUCAGAAUGUCUACCCUGGACCAGUGGACAAUUCGGGUCUCCUUAAAGAUGGGGAUGUUCUUGCCAUUAAGGAGCACCUUAUUGAUGAGUUGGACUACAUCCUUGUGCCUACUGAGGGCUGGAAUAAGUUAGUGAGUUGGUAUGGGCUGACUGAGGGCCAGGAACCAAUUGCCCGAAAGGUGGUUGAGCAGGGUAUGUUUGUCAAGCACUGCAAAGUGGAGGUCUACCUCACCGAGUUAAAGCUAUGUGAAGACAGCAACAUGGACAAUGUCAUCACUAGACGCUUUAGUAAAGCGGACACAAUAGACACUAUCGAAAAGGAGAUGCGCAAACUGUUCAGCAUUCCUGAUGAAAAGGAGACCAGGUUGUGGAACAAAUAUAUGAGUAACACCUUUGAGCCUUUGAACAAACCGGACAGCACCAUUCAGGACGCUGGACUCUACCAGGGGCAGGUUCUUGUUAUAGAGCAGAAGAACGAGGAUGGAACUUGGCCUCGAGGUUCCUCAACGCCGAAGUCAUCUGGUGCUUCCAAUCUCUCUGCUUUACCAAAGAUCUCCCCUUCAUCUCUCACAAACAAUCAUAACAGCAGCUUCAGCAGCAGGAAUGUGAAAAACUCUAGCUACAGCCUUUCAUCCUACCCUCCCUAUAGCAGUUAUGAGUACUCGGACCAGAGUAGGCACAGUGAGAAAGCAGGCCUGUGUGGCCUCUCCAACCUGGGCAAUACCUGCUUCAUGAAUUCUGCUACACAGUGCUUGAGUAAUAUUCCUCCGCUCACUGAGUACUUCCUGAAGGACAAAUAUCAGGAUGAGCUGAACGAGGACAACCCUUUAGGAAUGAAAGGAGAGAUUGCUAAAGCUUACGCUGAGCUCAUCAAACAGCUCUGGUCUGGCAAAUACAGCUACGUCACUCCUAGACCUUUCAAGACCCAAGUAGGGCGCUUUGCCCCUCAAUUCUCAGGCUAUCAGCAACAGGACUCCCACGAACUGCUGGCCUUCCUUCUUGACGGCUUGCAUGAAGACUUGAACCGCAUCAGGAAGAAGCCCUACAUCCAACUCAAAGAUGCUGACGGUAGACCAGACAAGGUAGUAGCUGAAGAGGCCUGGGAGAACCAUAUCAAGAGGAACGACUCCAUCAUCGUGGAUAUUUUUCACGGCCUCUUUAAGUCUACGUUGGUCUGCCCGGUGUGUUCAAAGGUCUCUGUGACUUUUGAUCCAUUCUGUUACCUAACACUUCCUCUGCCCAUGAAGAAGGAGCGUACACUGGAGGUCUACUUGGUGCGGCUGGACCCCCUCACCAAACCCACACAGUACAAGCUGACAGUACCCAAGGUUGGCUACAUCUCAGACCUCUGUGCUUCUCUUUCGACUAUGUCUGGAGUACCUGCGGAGAAGAUGAUUGUCACAGAUAUCUACAACCACCGGUUCCAUCGAAUCUUUGCAACCAACGAGAACCUGAGCAGUAUAAUGGAAAGGGACGAUAUCUAUGUGUUUGAGGUUGGAGUAAACCGACUAGAGGACACAGAGCAUGUGGUGAUUCCUGUGCACCUGCGAGAAAAGUAUAAGCAGUCUGGCUAUAACCAUAGCAGCACGCCCCUGUUUGGCCUACCCUUCCUCAUAACCAUCCCACGCACUCUGAGUGAGGAGAAGUUAUACAACCUACUACUUCUCCGUUUGUGUCGUUUUGUGCGCUCCGCUGUGGGAGAAGAGGAUUGCGACGAAACGCACUUGUCCAAGCAGCACGCCAUCAACGGCAAUGCCACUAACGGUAUUCUGGAGGAGGGCUCGCCCAGUGAAAUGGAGACUGAUGAGCAGGAUGAUGAGUCCAGUCAGGACCAGGAACUCCCAUCAGAGAAUGACAACAGCCAGUCAGAAGAUUCUGUGGGUGGGGACAACGACUUGGAGAAUGGGGUCGGCCCAGAGAACACGACCAAAGGCCAGCAGCUCACAGGCCACAAAAAGCGACUUUUCACAUUCCAGUUCAACAACAUGGGCAAGACUGAUUUGAGUUUUAUUAAAGAAGAACCACGGCAGAUCCGAUUUGAUGAGGGACACUUUCGACUCAGCGACAGAUCCUAUCUCUCCUUGGACUGGGAACCAGAAAUAAAGAAGAAAUACUUUGAUGAAAGUGUAGUGGAGGACUGUGAUAAACAUGAAAGCAUGGAAUACAAACCUCAAAAGAAGGCCUUCUUUAAAUUAAAGGACUGCAUAGAACUCUUCACUACCAAAGAAAAGUUAGGAGCAGAGGACCCAUGGUACUGUCCCAGUUGUAAGCAGCAUCAGCAGGCCACUAAGAAGUUAGACCUGUGGUCCCUGCCUCCUGUACUAGUGGUCCAUCUGAAGCGCUUCUCUUACAGCCGCUACAUGAGGGAUAAGCUAGACUCAUUAGUGGACUUUCCCCUUCGUGACCUAGACAUGUCCGAGUUCCUGAUCAACCCUAAUGCUGGGCCAUGCCGCUACAACCUCAUUGCUGUAUCUAACCACUAUGGAGGAAUGGGAGGAGGCCACUAUACGGCCUAUGCCAAAAACAGGGACGAUGACAAGUGGUACAACUUUGAUGACAGCAUUGUAUCUCCAGUCAGUGAGGAUCAGAUUGUGUCCAAAGCAGCAUAUGUCCUAUUCUACCAGCGUCAGGACACAGUAAAAGGAACAGGCUACUUUGCUCUCGACCGUGAGGACCCCGAGGAGCCAGACACACAGGGGGUCAAUGGCCAGAGUGACGAAGAUGACGACGAAGAAGAGGAAGAUCUAAACGACAACGAGCAAGAUGAAGAGCUGGAGCCAAAUGACAUUUCCAUGAACACCAACUGAGGUGGGACAGACCUGGCGUCACCGGAUAGUGGUGUCGGUCAUCUGAAGCCAUAUCGAGAGCAACGAGACUAGAGAGUACCACAGCUGGAUGGGCUGGGUGAUGAGAGCCCUUGUGAUUUUAGCCUCUAACACAGCAGGGUGAUUUUUUUUUUAUUAUUUCCUCUUUUUAGUUUUCCACAUGGUCCCCCUGCCUCUGCUCCUUCUAGGCGUCUAAAGCUCUAAAGGUGAAAGAAAGCCUGAACCGGCUAAACAGAGGUCUAAAUGUGAUGCCUGAAAGUCUGCAAUGUUGCUCUUUCGGUUUCCUUCAUUGUAGUGUGGUGUUCAUUUAAAGGUUUUAUCGUUAUUUUGCCUUGUAUAUAAUGUUGGAUGGACAGUGAACCUCUGGGUUUUAAGGAAAAUGAGAUUUCAUUGACUGUUAUUGUUGCACACUCCAUUUUGUUUUUAGAGCUAGUAUUAGUGCCACACAUACUGCAGAAGCGGAAUAUAGCUUUCCGGGUGUCCAGUCUUUCAGCUGCUCAGAAAGAUGUCUUUUAAACCAAUGGCAAAUGUAUCAAGAAGCUAUUUCACUCAAGUCAGGAGAGCACUGAUACGUAAUGUAAAAACUUUAGUCAAUUGUGCUGCUGUAUGCCUCCUUAUGGGUUUUUAGAGUAACCUAAGCCUGGCAAAUAAGAGUCCCCUGACUCUUUGACUUUAAGCCACAUCAAAAACAAAGGUUUCUUAAAAGUGUGACUUUUAAGAACCAUAGCUUUACCAUUGCUUCAGAUGUAUGUCUCAUUCUUUUUCACCAUAGAUGCUUUUUAAUGAGAUUAUGAACAUUUUGGUGAUGCAAUAGGUUUGUCUCUUGCCUCCAUCACCUCGCCUUAAAUCUAAUCUCAGACUGUUGCCUGUUUGCACAGAUGUUAGUUUGUUUGCAUUUCUCAUACACGCGCACCUAAUGUAGAUGCAGCCAUAGGUGAAAGCUCACUUGUUCAUCACACACCCUUCUUAACAUAAACCUACAUGCUCUAGUGACUGCUGAAAUUUGCCUGCUCUCUCAGAUUGGCAGCCAGAAUGUAUUUGACUAAGGAAUUGACCUGUUUUUGGAUUGAUGCCUUCAAUGGAAAGAUUUUUUUUUCCUUGUUUUAGUUUAGGGGAUCGGGGAGGGUGAUUGAAUCGCCUUUAAUAUUAACUACACAAAAAGUGGGGCUACUGCUGUAUGUGCUUUGUGUAAUAGGGAGCGUGGGCACGGGGAUAAUCAGACUGUGUGAGACUGGUAGGCUUUAUAAAUAAUGUACAUAAGAAUUCACUCUGUGAGUGCACAUUUGAUAAAUUUAUUUAUUUAUAUGUAAGCAUUACAAAACAAAAUGUAUUUAAGACCACAUGAGAGAAUAUGUAUUGUCCAGCAGUAUAAACGGGACUGGGAUUUAGACCUGUUAAAGGAUGUGCUAUUGCUUGGAGUCUUUUGUAAAGCUAAAACACGGACAUCCUUGCAUGACGAAGGGGGUUUCAGCGUUUGGCUGCACUUGAGUUCACUUGGGUUUACAUUUGAAAUGUGCAUGUGUAUUUAUAUACAGAACUUCAAUAAAGUUGUGUAAAGUC